AUGAAGUUCUCUUUGAUUUUAUUAUUUUUAUUUUUUUCUACCAUUAAUUUUAUUUUUGUUCAAUCAGCUACUCUUGAAAUAUCAAAAUUUGGAGGAAAACCAAAUCAAGAUAUAGCUAAGGCUCUUACAAGUGCUUGGGCUGAAGCAUGUGCAUCCACAUCUGCUGUUAAAAUAGUGAUUCCAAGUGGAACAUAUCAAAUGACUCAUGUAGAUGUAAAAGGUCCUUGCAAGGCUCCUAUUGAAAUUCAAGUUGACGGCACAAUUAAAGCACCUGUAAAGCCAGAGGACGUUGGAGGUGAUCAAUUGCUUAGGAUCGGCUAUGUUAACUCCUUAACCAUAUCUGGUAAUGGAGUUUUUGAUGGUCAAGGUUCAUAUGCUUGGAAACAGAAUGACUGUUCAAAACAAGUCAAAUGCAAAUUGCUUGGCAUGAAUUUGGGUUUCAAUUUCAUCAAUAAUUCAAUAGUUCGUGGAAUCACAACCAAGGAUAGUAAACACUUUCAUGUCAAUGUUUUGGGCUGCAACAAUUUCACAUUUGAUGGGUUUAAAGUAACUGCUCCAGGUGAUAGUGCCAACACCGAUGGCAUCCACAUUGGAAGAUCCACCGGUGUGAAUGUUCUUAAUACACAGAUUGCCACUGGAGAUGAUUGUGUCUCACUAGGUGACGGUAGUAGACAAAUACUUGUGCAAAAUGUGACAUGUGGACCUGGUCAUGGUAUUAGUAUUGGAAGCCUUGGCAAAUACAAGGAAGAAGAGCCUGUUGAAGGUGUCACAGUUAAGGGUUGCACUUUGAAAGGAACUACUAAUGGAGUGAGGAUUAAGACUUGGCCUAAUCAGCCAGGAACAAUUACAGUUACAGACAUGAAAUUUGAAGAUAUUACCAUGGACAAUGUUUCGAACCCUGUUAUCAUAGACCAAGAGUAUUGUCCAUGGAAUCAAUGCUCCAAACAGAAUCCAUCGAAAAUAAAGAUAAGUAAAGUUAUCAUCAAGAAUAUCAAGGGAACUUCGGGAACUAAAGAAGGACUUGUUCUUGCUUGUAGCAGUGGUGUACCAUGUGAGGGUGUAGAGAUAUCUAAUGUUGAUCUCACAUUUAAUGGAGCUCCGGCAACAGCUACGUGUUCUAAUGUCAAGCCCAAAAUAACAGGGAAAGUUCCUGAGUGUACAGCUCCAACUACUAAAAAAGAAUAA